GUGUGAUCAAACAUUGUACCAAUUCGGUAAAAAAAUAUAGUGAGUAAUUUUAAUCGAUGCGUGCGCGACUUUUUUAUCUAAUCUACUGUUUGCAAUAUGAAACAGACACUGUUUUAUUUUUAUACACACUAAAUGUGUAUGUAUCACCUUUUUUUUCGUCAAGAUAACGUCAUAGUUGUAAUAUGAUAACAACUUAGAACAAAUAUGGAAAUUAAUCCGAGACCAGUGCCAAAAUUCACCUGUUAUUUCUGUAAUAAAGUUAUCGAAAAUGACACAGAAGUGGGGCAUACUACAGUAUGUGGGAACGUUUUGGUACCGUGUGUUAAUAAAUGCGGUGCUUAUGUACCAAGAAUGGGAUUACAAAAACACAAUAAAGAGUGUGUCAACAGGACUACUAAUACUUUACCAAAACAACAAAAGCGACGAGUACCAAAUACGUCUUAUGGGCUAGCACCAGACAGCAGGAAUAUAGCUUCAAACAAUUCCACUAGAACCACGAAUAAUGGAUUGAUGAAAAAUGACAAUCAAAACGAACUUUACAAGCUCUCUAGAAAAAUUGCAGAUCUCGAAAGCAGAUUUCAGUUCCAACAGGACAACAAUAACCAUCUAUCAACUUCAUUAACGAACUAUGAGAAAUUGAAAACGUCUCAGCUUCAACUCAACCUCGAUUUAGAGAAAAUCAAAUAUCAAAACCAACUUGCUUAUGAUUGGAGAAAAAAGACUGAUUCAAUUCUGGAGGCUUUGAAAGUGAAUUUAUCAAGCGUAGAUAGAGCAAAAAGAGACUUAGAUAGCAAGGUUAUGGGUUUGCAGACUAGGAUGAUGCUUAUAGAAAAACUACAAGACCAAAUAAGUGGACUUGUAGAUAGUUUUCGAAGAGAACAAGCUUACAACAGACAAGUAGAUAUGAGCUUCGAAGAAAACUUCGAGGAAAUUAAAAAAACGUCGGCUCAAGAAAAUGCAAAAAAUCUAGCGAUACUCGGCGACGUUAAAGAUGCUUUAGACAUAACAAAACAAGAUAUAGAAAACGCCAAAGUUCAACUAGAAGAUCAAGGAAUCAAAUUCACUAAUAUCAUCUACGAUUUGAGAGGAGUAGGUCAAAGCGCUUCCGAAGCUAUUAAAAAAAUGGAAAAUAUGGAAAAAGAAUACGAAAAUUUAAAGAAAGAAUUCACCCAGAUGAAGUUAGAUAUGGAAAUAUUAGAAGGACUUACCAGUUCGAAUGAUUUCAGACCAGGACCUGGGAGAUUGUUAUGGAGGAUCACAGAAGUCGAUGCUAAAAUGAUUCAAGCAAAACAAUCAGGAAAUGUGGUUAAAAGCCCCAUAUUUUUCACACACGAAUAUGGAUAUAGGGUUAGGGUGUUAAUGUAUAUGAAUGGAUUAAAAAAAUGGAAAGAUAGAUAUGCAUUGUUAUGUCUGCAUGUUCUUAAAGGAGAUUUCGAUAUGGUACUAAAGUGGCCUUGUAAUAUUGAAGGAACCGUAGUAUUACGAGAUCUUGAUGAUUUAGAAAAGGCGAAGCCUUUUACUAAAGUAAUAACCGCAAAACGACAAACAGGAAACGAAGAAUGUGAAGAACCACAAGAAUCUUCUUCGUGUUAUAUUUUCAUUCCCCACUCUACUCUUUUGAAAAGUAACCAUGUUAAAAACGAUACGAUAUUUCUCGAUAUCAAAAUACGCCAAAAUAAUAAACUUGAAACUAGUUUGUAAAAGAAUUUGUACCUGAUAUUAAAAUUUCAUUUUGAAUUUGUGAUUAUUAUUUAUUUAUAAUAUAUUUCGUUUUAUUUUCU